AUGGUAGCCGGUUUGAAAGAGAGUGAGGUGCCGAUAGACGUGGCGAUACCGCGGUUUGUCACCACCACCGAGUCUGACGUGCGAGCGGUUCUGGAACAGGUGGGACUGAAGAGUCUGUGGACUGACGCCUCAGCAACAAGGAACAUUUCCCAGCCAGCUGUCAUGCCCAGCGGGUUCGUACAGCGCGCCGAGAUCACUCUAGACAGCCACGGCAUCGACUCCUACAACCCAGAAUUCAUAGAAUUCACCGAAUACUCCACUGGCCUCGAUCCAAAACUUGGACAUGAAAUGAUCGCCAACAGGCCAUUUAUGUACGGUUUAUUUGACGCUGAGACCUACGUGUUGUAA